GGUUGAUCGCAUAAGGUAGUCAGCCAUUGGCAUCUAAUUCACUUAGAGCUCUCUCUGACCCCGACUUAAACAUAAACAGUGUUUCCGACUCAGGUUCAUUCACCAUAUUUUCCCAUCUUCACUUGCCCAUCUUAUCGGAGCAUUGAGAUGUCUUUGAACAGUGUCGCUGAGCAUAGCGCAACUGUCUUGAACUAUCUUUCUUCCUGAGAUAACGCUCGUAUGCUCAUUUUGCUACUGACUAGCGGCUGUUUUGACUCUAGCCAUGGCUUCUGUCGGUCAAUUUUCAGAUACACAAAGCCUGGUUGCUCUAGUCAAGACAUUUACGAAUGCGCAGCUCAAGGACAUUCUAAGAAAUGAGGGGCUUGCUGUCUCCGGAGUGAAGGCUUCGUUGCAGUUACGCAUAAUCGAUUAUAUUGAGAGACUUAGCCAAGCAGGGCAUGUUGAACAGUAUGAUAACUUGAGGAAAUUCAUCUAUGCUACAGCAUGCCGGCCAGUUCCUCCCUCCUCUACAUCGCAAUCCGUUCCCAGUCAGCUCUUUCAACCACCUCCAGUCAGUCAGCCUUUACCCACGCAGCAUAGACCCCCACCUUUGAGUAUACAAAUGCCAUCACAUGGACCUACAACUGGCCGUUUGACUUUCAAAGAUAGCCCUUUCUACACUGUCCUGGAGCCAUUGACUUCCACAUCAGAAUGUAAAGUACGCGAACAAACUAGGGACAGUGUGGAGCUCAAAGUUGUUCUUACACCAAAUGUAGCGGCUAGGCUACAGGCUGACCCAAAUCUUCGGGUGAUGGUGUAUUGCGCUGCAGACACAGGCCUCAAUCAAUAUACUAAGUCGGAUGUCGCGUUCCCUCACCAAGUGGAACUUAAGGCGAAUCUCGAUGAGGUGAAAGCCAACUUGAGAGGCCUGAAGAACAAACCUGGUACAACACGGCCAGCCGAUGUAACCCAAUAUAUCCGCAAGAAGCCCGGGUAUCCGAAUAACAUUGUUAUGACUUAUGCUCUUACCCAAAAGCGGUUCUUCGUUCUCGUUAAUCUUGUUCAGCGACAUCCCGUCGAAGAGCUCGUGACCGAAUUAAAAAGGAGGAAGACAAUUUCGAAGGAACAGGUUUUGCGAGAAAUGAGAAAUAAAGCAGGGGACUCAGAUAUUGUUGCCACGUCCAGUGUUAUGUCACUCAAGUGCCCUUUAUCGACUCUCCGAAUCGAGGUCCCUUGUCGCUCUGUUAUAUGCACCCAUAACCAAUGUUUUGACGCGUCUUCGUUUUUGCAACUCCAGGAACAAGCACCAACCUGGUCAUGUCCUGUUUGUUCCAAAGCGACAAGUUUUGAGUCACUGCAAAUUGACCAGUAUGUCGAUGACAUACUUCGUUUAACCUCGUUAGACGUUGAACAAGUCAUUAUAGAACCAGAUGGCCGAUGGACUAGCCCCAACCAUGAAGACUCUGCAAAAGCGGGCGGGUUCACCCCAACAACAGAUGACGAUGACGAUGACGAGUUGAUAGAGAUUACGGAACCCGGAGUUACGCCCAUCAAACAAGAGUCUCUUUCAGCUCCAACUUUCCUAGUUCACCGGACUCCUACACAGUCACGAGAGCCCUCAGCGACAUCAUCAGCAGCUCAUUUAUCGACGAACAAGCGCAAUGUUGCCCAGGUGAUCGAUCUUACGGGAAGUGAUGAGGAUGACGAUACCCCAAUCAGGCCCGCCAAGCGGCCAGCGUUUAAUUCAGUGAGCCGACCCUCACUUAGGCAUGACUUUUCCAACUCAUACAAUGGAGGUUCUAUAAACGGGGGCCUCCCAUUAUCAAGCCAGCAUAGUUCUGAAUACCCUAGCCAGGCCAGUUACGAUGCAUCGAAUUAUUGAAGCAUAUUUGCACGGUGUCAGGCGCGUUCUGUUUCGUGGGCAUAUUCACUGCGCAGAUUUAUUGGGAGCGUUGGACAAGCACAUUAUGGAAUACAGGUUUUACUUUCAAUAUCUGUGGCUGGUAGGACUUAGAACAAACAUUCCUUGUUCUAGGAAUACGCUGUGCUCCUUAUGUACUCAUUGGCCUUGGACCUGAUAUUCGUAUUCUAUCUGCUUAGAAGAGCCUAUUUAGACAGUAGAGAAGUCCGAUCUGGGCUAUAAAAGUCGAGUUAUGC